AUGGCCACACCAAUCAUGAGGGUGGCUUUGGAACCAAAACAUUCAAUGGAUUUGCCUGACCUUGUCAGGGGUCUUAAACUACUUAAUCAAGCAGAUGCGUGUGUUCAGGUAAUGAUGCAAGAAACAGGUGAGCAUGUAAUUGUCACUGCAGGAGAAGUACAUCUUCAAAAAUGUUUAGACGACCUUCGUGAAAGGUACGCUAAAAUUGAUGUAGUUGCUUCAGCUCCAAUAGUGCCUUUUCGAGAGACUGUUGUCGUUCCACCUAAGGUGGACAUGGCUCAUGAAAUUGUUGAAAACCAGAAUCAAAAAAAUGAAAUUGAAGAAAAUCCAACCGGUCUUUUGAAUGUUUAUACGUCAAAUCAUCUAUGUUGUAUUAAGAUUCGAGCUGAACCUUUACCAAUAGCUGUUACAAAUCUUCUAGAGAAAUCAACAGACAUUUUAAGAGCUUUGUCAGAACAAAAAACUGAAAAUAUUUCAGACGCAUUGGAACGUUUGACAAUUGAGGAUAGUGUUUCUAAAAAUAUUAGAAUCGCUAUCGAUACAUUUCGGUCUCAAUUACAAGAAGCGCUUGGAAACAGCAUGGACGUGUCUCAAAUUUGGGCGUUUGGACCUAGAAAAUGUGGCCCAAAUAUUUUAUUGAAUAAAAUACCCAAUUACACAAGGUCAGUAUGGAAUCCAAAAGACAAUGUGAACGAUUUGACAAAGUAUGAAAAUAGUUUUAUGAAUGGUUUUCAAAUAGCAACUUUAGCUGGUCCUCUAUGUGAAGAACCAAUGACGGGUGUCUGUUUUGUAGUCGAAGAUUGGACAGUUGAUGUUUCACAACAGAUUUCGUGUGAUCCUUAUGGACCUAUGUCUGGGCAAAUCAUGUCAGCUGUGAAAGAUGGAUGUCGGAAAGCUUUCCAAGCUCAACCUCAAAGACUUAUGGCUGCCAUGUAUUCAUGUUCUAUUCAAGCCAACGCUGAAAUUCUAGGUAAAAUGUAUGCAGUUUUGGGAAGACGUCAUGGUCGAGUUAUUAGUUCUGAUAUGACACAUGGUUCAGCAUCCACUUUCAAUAUAACUGCUUUGUUACCGGUUAUCGAAAGCUUUUCCUUUUCUGCGGAAAUACGCAAACAGACAUCUGGUUUGGCUAGUCCACAACUAGUUUUUAGUCAUUGGGAGGUAAUUGAUAUUGAUCCAUUUUGGGUCCCAAACACUGAUGAAGAAUUGGAACUGUUUGGGGAAAAGGCGGAUUCCGGUAAUCGAGCUUUAAAUUACAUGAAUGCUGUUCGUAGGCGAAAAGGUUUAUCAGUAGAAGAGAAAAUUGUAGAAUUUGGUGAAAAACAACGUACUCUUUCAAAAAAUAAAUAA